CUUCUCCUCUCAGACUUGCUGCUCUUCCUCUUCCUCUUCCUCUUCCUCAUCUUGUCGUUGCCACAGAGAUGCCGGUGACUCUUCCCCGGUUUCCCAGCCUACCGCGGGGCGUCACCAUGCCGACGCUGCUGGGCUCUCUGCCCCGAGGAAUCAACCCUCCCAGUUUACCCCGAGGACUCACCAUGCCUAGCCUGCCCAGCCUGCCCAGCCUGCCCAGUCUGCCCAGCCUGCCCCGGUUUCCCAGCAUGCCGCGGGGCGUCACCGUGUCGUUGCCGAGGGCCAUCGCCAUGCCGACCGUCUCCCAGGCUCCUCGGCGGCUGCUGCAGGACUGCUGCUCAGUGUUUGACCACCAGACUGCUGGAGGUCUUUGCGGCUGCUGCUGGGCAUUGAGGCCUCGCUACAAGAGGCUGGUUGACAACAUUUUCCCAGAAGACCCCGAGGAUGGGCUGGUGAAAGCCAACAUGGAGAAGCUGACGUUCUUCGCUCUGUCGGCUCCGGAGAAACUCGACCGAAUUGCUGCUUAUCUGUCGGAGCGUCUGACCAGAGAUUUGAACCGCCACCGCUAUGGGUAUGUUUGCAUUGCCAUGGAGGCGUUGGAGCAGCUGCUGUUGGCUUGUCACUGCCAGAGUAUAAACCUGCUGGUGGAGAGUUUCCUCGGUACACUGCGACUGCUGCUGGAGGCCGACAAACCACACCUCCACAUCCUCGCAACCAACUCUUUUGUGAAGUUUGCGAACAUCGAGGAGGACACGCCGUCGUACCAUCGCAGCUAUGACUUCUUGGUGUCUCGCUUCAGUGAGAUGUGUCACUCCGAACACGAUGAUCCUGACACCCAGAACAAGAUCCGUGUGUCAGGAAUCCGUGGACUGCAGGGCGUUGUCAGGAAGACGGUGGAUAACGAGCUGCAGGUUAAUAUCUGGGAACCUCGUCACAUGGAGCAGAUUGUCCCCGCCCUGCUGGUCAACCUGGAGCAGCACUCCCCAAACGACAGCGGGUCUCCAGCAGAGCAGACGGAGGUUUGUUUCAGGGAACUGCUGGGCCGAGCUGCUUAUGGACACAUUAACAACGCUAUCAGACCGGUGCUCAUGCACCUCGACAGUCACAAUCUUUGGGAAGGAAGAGGAUUCGCUGUCCGCUGUUUUCAGAUCAUCAUGUACUCAAUUCAGUCGCAGCACUCUCACCUGGUCAUUCAGCAGCUUCUGGGUCACCUGGAUGCUAACAGCAGGAGUCCGGCUUCGGUCCGGGCCGGAAUUGUGGAGGUUCUGUCGGAGGCCGCCGUUAUAGAAGCUACCGGAUCUGUAGGUCCCACAGUGCUGGAAGUUUUCAACACGCUGCUACGACAGCUGCGGCAGAGCGUCGACUACCAGCUGACCGGUUACUAUGACAAUGCCGGGAAGCACAAAACCACCUCUAGCGAAGAGGAAACACUGCAGGACGCCGUCAUCAGAACCAUUGGAUCCUUCGCCAACACACUUCCUGUCUACCAGCGGUCCGAGGUCAUGCUCUUCAUCAUGGGGAAGAUCCCUGUCCCUGGUAUCUACCCUGCCCUUGGGUCGCCCAACGCCGGCUUCGAGGGCAGCAGAAUGAUCCAGGUGAUGCUGCUCAAGUCCCUCCUCCAGGUUUCGGAGCGCUAUGAAAGCAGCAACCUGCUAACGGCGCUCCCCUCGUCCUUCCUGGAGCCUCUGCUGUCCUUCACGCUGAUGGAGGAUCCGGAGAUCCGGCUGCUGGUUCUGUCCAUCCUCACAUCGCUCAUCGACCGGCGCCACAAUGUCGCCAGGCUCAGCGGCGCCACCGCCAGUACUGCGUUGGAUGUCUCGUCAUUGGAGCUGAAGGAGGACAGAAGCUCUCGACAGGACAUCCUGUUCAUGAGAAAGCACGCUCAGCGCCUCUACAGACACGUGUUCUUGGCGUGUAAGGAGGACAGCAGCUCUCGUAGCCACUACCAGCAGCUCUUCAUCCUAUUGGCUGUGCUGAGCGUGGAGCUGGCCAAUGAGGAGGUGAUGGUGGACCUGAUCCGGCUGGUUCUGGCUCUGCAGGAACUGGCCUCGUCCAAUCAGGAGCCUCUCACACCGUUGAACCGAUGUGGUGUUCAUGCCGUCUGCGCCGCCGCCCUCAGCGUGAUGUCACAGCUCGGACCACCGCCGCCGCUGCAGCAGCACGUCGCUCAGGUUAUAGAGAGUCGACGCAAAGAUGCUCCACACCUGCUGCCUGAAAACAUCCUCUGUGACUCACAAAGUCUGCCAGACGGCGAGCUGAAGGUGGACCAAGAGUUUCUGUUCGUCCAGUCAAAGAUCUGCGAGGCUCUGACGGCGAGCAGCUACAGUUCUCACUGUGAACGCUUCAACACGCCAUACACACCUCAGCUGACAGAUGAAGAUCGUCUGGCGAAGAGGAAGAGUGUCGGAGAUGUCGUCUCUCUGCAGAUGGAGAUGGACCCUCAGAGUCCUGAGACGCCUCAGAAGCCUCAGACGGAGCAGAUCACCUUUGAGACGCUGAAGAAUGCCAUCGAGGACCGAGGCUUUGUGGAGGAGGAGGAGAGGAGGAAGAGGCUGGAGGUGGUGGAGAUGUUUCAGACGGCGCCGUUCGAGGAGAUCGCCGCUCACUGUGGAUCCAGGGCGUCGCUGCUUCAGUCCAAACUGGAUCAGGUGUUCGAUCUGAUCAUCCGUCCUCCUCCGUCUCCGUCCGGACAGUCACCGCCUCGAUCGACGCCACUCUACGAGAUGAAGUUUCCCGACCUCUGUGUCUACUAGACGUCAGGAGAGCAAAGCUGAAGACUAAAAGGACCCAUAAAUGAUUUGGGUAGUGAUGAAACUGUGAAUAAAUGGUGCAGUUAGCAUUUGGAACUGUCAGCCAACACCAUGGAUAAACCGCUGAACUGUUAGCUAAAGGUGUGGAUAAAAAGUUGGUAAGGGCCAGCUUAAAGUAUAGCUGACAGUUUUAAUUAUUAGCUAAUAGUAGGGCUAAGAGUUGGAUGUGUUAAUAAUAUGAGUAAAUACAUAGCUGCAGGUGGUAGCUGAAAAUAUGGAUACACACUUGGAACAGUUGAGAUGUUAGCCAAUAUUCUGGAACAACAGCUGAAAGUAUAAACAAUUGAAAAUGGUUUGCUAAAAGAAUGGAAAGAAACUUUUUGCCAAAAGGAAACAAAUUUUCCCCUAAAUUUUAUCUUGCGCUUCAACAGUUAGCUAAUGUUAUGGCUAACACUUGUAAUUGUUAUCCAAAAGUACUUUUAACAGUUGAAACUAUUUGCAAAUAGCAUACCUUGCAGUUUAAAUUGCUAAUUAGCAGUAUGCCAAAAAUAAUAGUAUCAAACGUUAGCUAUAAGUUUAGCUUGCAUUUCAACAGUUAGCUAAUAUUGUUGCUGACACUUGUCAUCGUUAACUAAAGUUACUUUUAACAGUUAAAAUUCUUUGCUAACAGCUAAUUGUAUGGAUAAAUAGCUGCCUGUGUUAGCUAAAUGUGUGGAUAAACAUUUUGAACAUGUUUGCUCAAAGUCCGGCUAACAGUGGAAAAUGUUUGCUUAAAAUAAUAUUAUAAUAAUAUAUUGUUAGCUAUGCCACAGGUUAACACUUGAAAAUGUUAGCUAAUUGGAUGGCUAAACAAUUGGAAUGUUAACUGAUAUUAUGCAACAACUGAAAGAGUGAGCUGAACGUGUGCGAUGAUUGGAAAUGUUUUUCUAAAAUAAUGGAAAGAAGCUAUUUGCCAAAAGUAUGGUUAACAGUUUGAAACUGUCGUCACAUUUCAACAGUUAGCUAAUGUUCUGGCUAAUGCUUGUUAUUGUUAGCUAAAGGUACUUUUAACAGCUAAAAUGAUAUGCUAAUAGCACAGUUUAGAGUUGAAAUUGUUAUUGCUGUGAACAAGCUCUAACUGUGUGACUAAAUAGCUGCAAACAUUAGCUAAAAAUGUGAAUAAACAUUUGGUAUAUGUUAGCUCAAAGUCUGGCUAACUGUUGAAAUGUGACCUAAAAGCAUAAUGAACGACUUUGUGGUUAGCUGAUAGCCUGGCUAACGGCGGAAAAUAUUUGCUAAACAUAUGGCUGGCUAUGGAAAUUAUGAACUAAUUGUAUGGCUAAAUAAUUUAAAUGUUAGUUAAUAUCAUAGAACAACACUUGUAAUUGUUAGCUAAAGGUACAGUUAAACUUAUAUGCUAAAAGCUAAUUGCAUGACUAAAUAGCUGCAGAUGUUAGCUAAAAGUGUGGACACAUUUGGAACACGUUAGCUGACAGUGUGGCUAACAGUUGAAAAUGUUUGCUAAAAGUAUGGCUGGCUGUAGAAAUUGUUAGCUAAUACCAAAUAUGAACACUUGCAACUAUUAGCUAAACGUACUGUUAACAGUGAAAAUUAUUCACUAAUAGCAUAGCUUACAGUUGACAUUGUUAGCUAUUAGAGUGGCUAUCAAUAGAGAUUUUUAGUUAGUACCAUAUCGUGCGGUUGACAUUGUUAGCUAGUAGCAUGGCUAUCAGUUAACAUUGUUAGCUAAUAGCAUGGCUAUCAGUUGGCAUUAUCCACUACUAGCAUGGCUAUCAGUUGACAUUGUUAGCUAAUAGCAUAGCUUACUGUUGACAUUGUUAGCUAGUAGCAUAGCUUACCGUUGACAUUAUUAACUAGUAGCAUAGCUUACAAUUGACAUUGUUUACUAGCAGCUUAGCUUACAGUUGACAUUGUUAGCUAAUAGCAUAGCUUACAGGUGAAAUGUUGGCUAAUAGCUUAGCUUACAGGUGAAAUGUUAGCUAUCUGUAGCGUUCUCUGUUUGCAGGAGAUUAGGACGUAAGAGAGGAAAGGCAGCAAAGAAGGAGACCAGCACUUUGUGGUCACAUUUAGUAAAAAUUUAUGACAUAAAUCAUGUUUUUUUCCCCUCGUUUUAAGUGAAAAAAUGUUCUCCUAUGGCUGUUUUGUUCUGAUCAGACAGAUUUUAUUUUUUAGUUUAAAUAAGACAUUUAUUGUUCCUGAGCUGCCCUGAUGGGUAAAAUGCUCCUUAAGUGAAGUCCUGAAAUAAAUCUGUACACAAGUGAUAUUCAUUUUACAUAUACUGCACUUUUAAAUUAUUAAACUUCAUCUUUAAUCUCA